AUGGAUGACACCUUAUCUAUAUCAACUGACUUCAUAGAUGAUCAAAUACAAAAAUAUGAUUUCAAUGAACCAUUAAUUAUUAAUAUUAGUGGACCUCAAGGAUCAGGUAAAUCAUAUUUAACUAAUCAAUUAUAUAAUUAUUUAAAAUCCAAAUAUCAUCAACAUCAUCAUCCAUAUCAAUUAAAUACCAUUCAAUUUUCAAUGGAUGAUUUUUAUUUAUGUAAAUCUGAUCAAGAUAAACUUAAUAAUACCACAAAAAAUCCAUUAUUAAAAGGUAGAGGAUUACCAGGAACUCAUGAAUUGACAUUAUUAAGUGAUACAUUUAAUAAAUUGAUCAAUAAUUACAAAAAGUGCAAACAAUCUAAUGGUGGUUGGGAAGUGAUUAAAAUACCAAGUUAUAAUAAAGGAGCAUUUAAUGGAAUAGGUGAUCGAUCAAUUGAUAAUUAUACCUUAAUUGAAACACCAAUAGAUAUAAUUAUUUUUGAAGGUUGGUUUAAUGGAUUUUAUUCAUUAGAUCCUACCAUUUUACAAUUAAAAUAUUUAACCUCUUCACCAUCACCAAUAACUCCUAAAGGAAUAUCAUUACAAUCAUUUAAAUUAUAUGAUUUACAAGAAAUCAAUAAUAAUUUGAAAAAUUAUGAAUCGAUGAUUUGGCCAUUCUUCAAAAUUUCCAUAAUUUUCCAUACUAAUGAAAUAAUUAAUGUUUAUCCUUGGAGAUUACAACAAGAACAUGAAUUAAUUAAAUCGGCAAAAGAAAAAGGGUUAACAAUUGGGAUGAAUAAUGAUGAUGAAAUUAUUAAAUUUAUUAAUCGAUAUAUGCCAAUUUAUUUAUUAUAUUAUGAAGAUUUAUGUGAUUAUGGAAUUAAAAAUUGUCAAAAUUUGAUUAUAUCAAUUGAUAGUAAUAGGAAAGUUAUCAACAAGAAGAUUUUAAAGGAACCAUCAUUAAAACCUUAA